GGUUCAUGUCCAACAGCCAUUUUUGUAAAACACAAACAACAAGACGACCGAGCGAGACAGAAAAAAUUCAUUGCGACCGUUGCAGACACAGGAAAAAAUAUAGAUAAACAAUUCAGCAUCGAACUCACACAAGACGAGUGUUGAAAACAGAGACACACCAGUAGUUCAAUCCAUCGGUUCCUGCGCAGCACGUACGUGCAAAAAGUGUGAGUUCUUUCAAGAAGAUCCAACUCUGGAGAAAAUAGUGGCUGGCUAACGUUAGUUUAGCCUAGCUGGCCAGCAGGCUCGCAGAAGAGGUGUGAGGAGUUGGGAGCUGAAUGCUUGCCUAUGUAAAAAUAAUUCACAAAAAUUCAGAAUAUAUGUGAAAGAGAUCAAGAAUUGAGAGAAGAGUUACCCAGCAAUAGUUACGGCAUUACAAACUGCCCUCAAAGUUUUUUCAAACAGCAAUUGCUGUUAUUUAUGCUGCCACAAAUUCUUAAUCAUAGUGUGUUUGUUUUUCUCUAUUUCUCUCUGAAGUGUUUUCAAAUUGUUGAAUCUUUUUUUAAAGAUCUGAAGUUACUGGCACAUUAGGGUGGCGUGCCAUCUUUAGGAGUUCUUAUAUCUGGCUAGAUAUUCAUCAGCCGUUAUCUCUCUGAAACUGGCAGCUAUUAUAAUAUUCAUACAGAGUUUAGAACUACCAAGUCCACCUCAGCACACAGAACCACCGUACGGGUUCUGACAGAACCACCUCAUUCCUGUCCCCCCCGAUCAUACUGGUCCUUUACAGUCCUGUUCUUUGGACAAGAAACCCUGGGCCCUCUGGACAUACAGAAUAUGACUGCUGAGACACUUAACUUCGGUCCAGAAUGGCUCCGUGCACUAUCCAGAGGGGGGAGUGUGACGUCCCCUCCCCCUUCCCCUGCAAUGCCAAAGUCCAAGUUGGCCGACUACCGCUAUGGCCGCGAGGAGAUGUUAGCACUUUAUGUCAAAGAUAACAAGAUCCCUGAGGACAUGCAGGAUAAGGAGUUCGCUGCUAUCCUGCAGGAUGAGCCUCAGCAGCCGUUGGCCUUGGUGCCCCUGACUGAAGAGGAGCAGAGAAACUUCUCCAUGUCUGUGAACAGCGUGGCUGUGCUAAGGCUUAUGGGUAAAGGAGGUGGAGCUGUACCAACAGGUGUAGCUAGAGGGCGUGGAAGCACUCGAGGUGGUCGAGGGAGAGGCAGAGGAGAGGGCGGAUUCUACCAAAGAAGUGUGGAUGAAGAGGUUGGUUUUGGUCGAGGACGAGAGAUGCACCGCAGUCAGAGCUGGGAUGACAGAGGUGAGCGGCGCUUUGAGAAGCCCUUGAGGCGUGAUGGUGGGCGUGGUGGUUUUGAGGAGGGAGGAGCAGGAGGAAGGAAGGACUAUGCACGCUCAGACAGUGAAAACUGGCGUAUACUCCGAGAAGAUCAGGAGGACGAUGAUGGGGCAGAACCUGGGGGAAGCUGGAGAAUUGCUGGAGUUCGUCGUGACGAUGGGGGUCCUCGUUCAGCCGGUUGGCGGGAUCACGGCAGUGGGGAAGGCCGUCGUAGGAAGUUCGACUUUGACUUCCGAGAUGGAGAAGGCGGACGUAGAAGGGCUGGAAGUGAGGGGGGAGAGGAAGAGCGAGAUGGCCUGCCUGAGUGGUGCACCGAUGAAGAAGAAGGGGAGAUGGGUACCUUUGAUUCUUCUGGAGCCUUCAUGUGCAUCAAGAAAAGCUCCAGAGAUGCAAUCCCUGAAGACCAGGAACUGGAAUUUGAGGCUCUGAAGGAGGAAGAGGAGGGUGGUCAGGAGGACAGCCCUGUUGAUAAAUCGGAAGCAUGUGAGGCAAUAACUGUGUGUGAUGGAGACAGAAAGUCAUCAUCUCCUCAUGCUGUGUCUGCUCCUGCCCCUGUACACCCUGUUGCAGAGGAAGACACUCCCAAACCCAUAGUCACUCCUCCUUCAAAACCUGCACCCCAACCAGCUGAAGAUACAGCUCCAGCAGGUGGCACCACACCACAGACGCAGAGCUCCUCUCCUCCCUCAACCACUGGUACGGACCUUCCAACAGUAGGGGGAGACACCGAGGAGGAAGAUGGCAUGAAGCACCUUCAGCAGGAGGCUGAGAAGAUGGUGGCGUCUCUGCAAGACACGUCCCUUGAAGAGGAAUGUUUCACUCAGGCUCUUCAGGAGAGCCACAUCUCUGCGGCACACACUCACACACACCCGAAUACGCACACACACUCUCACUCCACCCAACACAGUCUCUCGCACUCUGCCAGCGCUCUGCCCCUGUCCCAUGAAUCUGCAAUGAAGUGGUUCUACAAAGACCCUCAAGGGGAGAUUCAAGGUCCAUUCACUACAGUGGAGAUGUGUGAGUGGUUUCAGGCAGGGUAUUUCACCAUGAACCUGCUGGUCAAACGUGGCUGUGACGAGGGAUUUCAGCCCCUGGGUGAAGUCAUCAAGAUGUGGGGGCGUGUGCCUUUCUCUCCCGGCCCCUCCCCUCCUCCACUUCUGGGGAACAUGGACCAGGAGCUAUUGAAGAAACAGUUAGAACAAGCUGCCACUGCAGCCCUGUACCAACAACUUCAGAUGAGAUUUCAGCACAUGAACAGGUGUGGGGAGACUGGGAUGAUGCCUGCGAUGAACAGGUCCAUGUCAGUGCCAGACACCGGGCCCAUGUGGGACAUGCCUACCUCAGUCUCUCAGCAGUCAGGCGGUGAGACCAGUCUGUGGGACUUAACCAUGAGUAACUCCGCUCAGGGUCCAACUCUUGAACAUUUGCAGAAAAUCCAGCAGGAGAGGCGUGAAGCUGAACUCAGGAAGCGUGAAGAAGAGGAGAGAAAACGGAGGGAGGAAAAGCGCCGACAGCAGGAGGAACAGAAGAGGAGAGAGGAGGAGGAGCUUUAUAGACGAAAACAGCAGUGCCGUCAGCAGCAGGAAUUGAUCAUGAAGUUUCUGCAGCAGAGCCAGCAGCAGCAGAGCGUGCCAGGGGGUGCAGGGUGGAGCAGCCAGGCAGGAGGUCUGUCUCUGGGCAAGGCUACCGGAAAGAGCAUGGCACUCCUGGAGCUGGAGGCAGAGAGACUUCACAAACAGCAGCAGCAGAGAGCUCAGCAGCAGCAAAGGCAUGGAGGUUUGACAAUGGGCCAGUGGAGUGAUGGCCCAUCUGGAAUGUGGUCAGGAUCUGGCAUGGAUGGGAAGGUCGGAGGUGGCAACCCUGCUAUGGGCAUGUGGGAUGAGGCCAUGAAGAACCAGGCCAGCCAUCGCAACAUUGGCCUGAAGAACAGCCGCAGCAGUCCCUCUCUCAGUGAUCAGUACAUGCUGAAUCGUCGUAAGCGUACUGACGAUGAGGAGAGACUUCUAAAGCUGCUUCAGGGGAUGAAACCUCAGGAUGGUUUCACCACUUGGUGUGAACAGAUGCUCCACGCUCUCAACACCUCUGCAAAUAACUCCUCUUCAGUGGAUGUGCCCACCAUUGUGGCAUAUCUGAAGGAGGUGGAGUCUCCAUAUGAAGUUCAUGACUUCAUACGCAUUUACCUGGGCGACACCAUUGAAGCCAAAGAGUUUGCCAAGCAGUUCCUGGAGCGCCGUGCCAAACAGAAAGCAAACCACCAGAGACAACAGCAGCAGGUUUGUAAAGGACAAUUUCUCUUGAAAGUACUUUUUCUUGCAUUCUGGAUGAGUUUUAACGUACUGAAAUUUUCACAGCUGUCCAAGGAAGUCUCUGGAUUGAACAUGAACUUCCCCCUGCAGUCAAUGUUCCAGGCAGCUCACAUGAAUAAGGGCGGCAGUGUGUACGACACUCAGGGAGGAAAAGCGAAGAAAAAGCCUAGCAUGAUGCUCCAUUCUGACCCCAGUAUCCUCGGCUACUCAUUCCUGGGGGGAGGUGAGCUGGAGCAGGUGGAGGAUUACUGACCCAGCCCGUCUACUUGAGUUUACCUGAGGCCUUAAACCUGGAGCAAAUCAGCAGAGGAAUGUGCACUGCUCAGUGAGGGAAGGGGCGGGCAAUAUUUGUCCACGCCCCCUCUCUCUUUCUCCCUCUUUCUUUCACUUGCACCGUGAGAGGAGCAGAAGGAGGUUAUCGGGAGGUUCGGCGUGAAGAGGAGAUCCUCUUCCGCCUCCCUUCAGUAAAGCACCUUACCUAAACCAUUGCACUUUAAUGUUUCAUAUUUGAAAUGGAGUUGUUUUUUUUGUUUUUUGUUUUUUUUUGUUCUUCUUUUUUUUUUUUACAAUGCAAAAAUGUGUGAAUAUAUUGUUGCAUAUAUUAUGUGUAGAAUAUUUGUAUGAAUAUACAUACGAGAGGUAGGAACGGAGCGGUGUCCGCCGUAUCAAAAAAAAAAAAACGUGGAGGUUGAGAAACAUUGUUAGGGGAGAUUCGAGCAUCUCUCCUAAAAGACAAACACUGUUGUAUUUUUAUGUUCAUGGUAAAGCUAUAAAAAUAUGAAUUUGAAAACUUGAAGAUUUGCACUUGUUUAACAAAACAAAAAGACAAAAAAAAAACGUUAGUAUAGAUUGAGGUUUUUCGUGAGCGCGUGUGCAAGCGUAAGAGAGAUGAAGUCUGCACAAAUUUUAUUGCUUACCGACCUGUAUAAAACAAAUGCCAUGCUUUUAUUUUGUUCAAUACAAUUUUGUACUUCAUUGAGCAUGUGUGCUAAAGUGUGAGUGCGCGCGUGAACGGACAGAAGUCGUUUGUGUUUGCGCUUUUUUUGUACAUAGGCUCUUAAAGAGACCGAUGGGACAGUCAAGCAUUGCGUUUUUACCCUCCAGUGUUUCAAAGCAUGACUGAGGUGCUGUUUGGCCCGUUUGGCUCUGUUCUAAGAGGGCAAUCGGGGUUUAUGGGUUUGUGUUUGGUGUAUAAAUGUAGCUCCUCUGUUGUAGUUGUCUGCACACAAACUACUUACAUUACAACUCUUCCCUUUCACCCAUUCUCAGUCCACGAUGUGAAAUGUUGCCUUCUGUCCAGAAAGUGCGUGCGUGCGUGCGCGUGUGUGUGUAUGUGUGUGGAUUCUGUUGGCUGGUGAUUUGAGACAGUCACAAGGGCACUGUGAUUCUGUAUGUCAGUUGUGUUACUUUUUUGUUGCUGUUGAAAAAGGAUGAAUGAUUUAUUUUUUUAUCGUUCUAUACAAAGUAUUUGAACUUUAUGAGUUGGAGCACUUUCUAGGCUGCUACCUUGUAUUUUUUGAAUAAUGUUUUUAUUUGUUAGGUUUUUUUCUUUAAUUUUAUUUGCCUCAUGAGGAUGUUGUAUUAUGAAUGAAUGUAUUCCAAAACAAACUAUGUAUAACAGUGCAUCUAACAACAAGGCUUGAGUGUCUCGAUAUGAAACGGGACACGCCUCACCAUUCGGAAUAUGCCUAUUGUCAGAGGUCAGAUUCUGGGACUUGCAUGGCCUGUAUCAAGCUGGCGGGUCUCCAGCCGCUAGUGCUCUUCCAAAACUUUCUCACAGCGCCUGGAGAUUCCGAGUUUGUCUACCAACACCUUGAUGGAACCGUUUUGCCGUCUUGUUACUUACGUUCUUGGUACAGGGCCAUUGAGAGCCAAGGAUCUGCAGUGUGUAGCAGUACUUUUUUUUUUUUUUUCUUUUGGAAAGACAGAAUCUAUUUUUUCUCCCUAAUACAUGAGUUUGGGGAUUGAAGUAUGUGAUGUUUUGCAUCAUUCACUCACCUGAAUCCUCUGGAUAGGAAGAGACUGGGGAUCGGAAUGGAGAUUUCGGUACUUGAUCUGUAGGAAAAAAAGAAAAAAUUCUGCUUUAAGCGCAUUUCACUCUAUUCUGACUGGAUUAUAUUUUUGUAAAAAAAAAACAAAAAACAAAAGACAAUGACUGAAAACAAGCAAGGAGAAGUGGAUAUCAGCACUAACCUAAACGCCAUCCUGGAGUCCGAAAAGGAGUGGCAACCAGCUGCAUUUAGUGCUACACACGGAGAGCGAGACGGAGGGAAUAUAUGCGGAUCCAUUUCAUCCUCACACCAAAGGGAUGGAGUUUUCUGCAUCCUUUGAGCUGCAAUCCCCACUGCUCUCUGCAACACUAUCAAAUGAAGGAAAAUCCUACAGCAUUUGAAAAAAAAAAAAAAAAAAAAAAAAAAAAAAAAAAAAAGUGGUCAUUUGAAUGUUUGAUUUAAAAAAAAAAAACCUUUAUGCCUUUUUAGAAGAUUAUCGUGCGGAGAAACUGCAGAUUCUCACGUCUAUCAAUCAUUUCUUCAAAAACUCUCUUCCCUGUUGAGGGGUAGUGGAGUCUAGAUGUGAUGAAUGUUUGGAGAGGAGACGAA